AUGUCAGCGGACGAGGCUUCCACUGUGGCUUCUGCUAGUCUCACUACUACUGUGCCUAGUGACUUCACUGGAGGGUUCUGGCAAACCGCUAGUACGGACCGUAUAGGUAUAUACUCCGACUUGUGCUUUCGCACGAUCGUCUACAUUACAUGA